CUCCCAGUCAAUUGCCAGUCCUCAGACAUGAAAGUCAUCUUUUCUCUUGCACUGCUGCUCAUUAGCUGUGACUUUUCGCUGCCUCUCACGGAGAAAAUCCUCGAGAAUUUCAAUCUCCAUCGCGAUUUGGAUGUCUUAACGACAAGUAUCAUCUCAAAACUCGAUCCUGGAAUAUGUUUCGCCUUCAUCACAGAUCGCCAGUACUAUGAACUCUUGCGUGAGAAGCUAUUCGAGAGUGGUGUGGAGGAUUAUCCCAUCUUCCUCGUGCUGAUCAGUGACUCCGAAGAUCUCCUCUCGCCCAACUAUCGCACUGUCCGGAUGCUGCAGGAGAUCAGGAAGGCCAAUUGUGGCGCCUUCGUGAUCUAUCUGGCCAAUGGUAUUCAAGUGGAGCGCUUCCUGCGCUUCGGCGAUCGACAUCGAUUGUUGCACAGCAAGGCGAAGUACGUGCUGCUGCACGACUAUCGCCUCUUCACCGCACGCAUGCAGAGCAUCUGGAAGAAAAUCAUUAAUGUGAUCUUCGUCCGGCAGCUGCACACGCACAAGCGACACAGUGGCGGCAAUUCCUCGAGUCCCUGGUUUGAGCUCACAACUGUGCCCUUUCCACCGCCCCUGAAGGAGGUUUUCGUGGCCAAGAGAGUGGACUUCUGGCAGGACGGCAAGUUUCGCCACCGUGAGAAGCUCUUCGAGGACAAGACUAGAGAUCUCAAAGGUCAGAUCCUCCAGGCAGCGCUUCUCGAUCACGUUCCCGCCGUCACGGUGCGCACCAAUGGCUCAGACGCUACAGGCAAGUUAAAAGAAUAUUGGCUAAUGUGAAGAUAUUUUUCCUUGAGUUUAACUUUAAAUCGACCUCUUAGCUAAAAAAUC